AAGGUUUCAGUCUGUUAUUUUUCCUUUGAACUGCUUAGGUAGACUUUUGUGCACUCGUCUAGCUCGAAUUCUUAUAAGUUGAAACCAUCAAAUUUGGUAUUGAGCUUUUAUUUGGGCGUUAUUAUUAUUAUUUUUAAAAAGUGGGAUCAGUAAACUGAGUCCAUGGCUAAGCAGUCCUUCAACCAUCCGGGAGUGCCUUUUGCCAGGAUAGGAACAGAGAUCUUUUGUCAAGAACAGCCCCGGAUUGGAAAUCCAUACCUGGAAGACGCUUUUCUUCAGGGCUACCUGAAAUCACAUCUGCCUGCUAAGGUGUUUGCUGAGGUGAGUGUGGAUCUUGAGAGGUUUGGAGCUCGUGUGAAGGGUGAAAUUGACUUCUUGGGGCGUGAGUGUGAGUUAAACCCUCCCAAGCUACAACAGUUUGAUGGUUGGGGAUGGCGUGUGGACCAAAUCAUCACCUGCCCAGCCUGGAAGAGGAUGAAGGAAAUCUCAGCUGAAGAGGGGAUGGUUGCUGAGGCUUAUGAGCGGAGAUACUCCAGCUGGAGCCGUGUUCACCAGUUUGCCAAACUGUACCUGUAUGCACCCUCCUCUGGUAUGUUCACAUGUCCUUUGGCCAUGACUGACGGAGCAGCAAAAGUCAUUGAGUCCCUGGGUUUCCCCAAGCCUUUGGAGGAAGCCUAUGCUCACUUGAUAUCACGUGACCCCAGAACGUUCUGGACCUCUGGCCAGUGGAUGACUGAACGCAAAGGGGGCUCUGAUGUUGCUAGUGGCACAGAGACAGUGGCUCAGGAGCAACCUGAUGGCACCUACCGUCUCCAUGGAUUGAAAUGGUUCACGUCAGCCACUGAUUCGGAUGUAUCUCUGACACUGGCGAGGAUCGUGGCCGCUGACGGGCAGACAGAACAGGCCUCCAAAGGCCUGUCUCUGUUCUACCUGGAAGUGCGGGAUCAAGAAGGGAAGCUGAAUGGGAUUGAGAUACAGCGGCUGAAGGAGAAGCUGGGCACAAGGCAGCUGCCAACUUCUGAGCUGCUCCUAGCAGGAGCCAGGGCACACCGGAUCUCUCCCGUGGGCCGGGGCGUGGCUUCCAUUGCCAACAUGUUGACCAUCACUAGGAUCCACAAUGUCAUUGCAUCAGUUGCGGACAUGAGAAGAGUGAUCAGCCUGGCACGGGAUUAUGCGACCAAGAGGGAGGCCUUUGGCAAAACUCUUAAGGACCACCCAUUGCAUAUGCAGACUUUGGCACGGAUGGAGGUGCACACUCGAGGAGCAUUCCUGCUGAUGAUGGAGAUGGGGAGGCUGCUUGGACUGGAGGAAACCAAGAUGGCCACCGAGCAGGACCAGCACAUGCUGAGGCUGCUGACCCCUGUUGUGAAACUGUACACUGGGAAACAGGCAGUUGCUGUUGCCUCAGAAGGGUUGGAGUGUUUCGGAGGGCAGGGCUACAUGGAGGACACAGGUCUGGGAUACCUCCUACGGGAUGUCCAGGUGCUACCAAUCUGGGAAGGGACAACGAAUAUCCUGGCCUUGGAUGUUCUGCGCUCCCUUGUCAAGAGCCAAGGCAAAGUGCUGGAAGCAUUUUUCUCCACUGCCCAGGCCAAGUUGGAGGCGGCUCUCAGCUUCUCUGAAUUGGGGCCUUCUGCGCAAAGGGUUCACGAUGCUCUCCGCAAGCUCAGGCACUUCACUGACGAAAUGGGCUUAAAGGGGGAAGCCGGGAUGCAGCUGGCUGCAAGAGACUUUGCCUACAGUCUAGCACGGAUCUACGGAGGAGUUCUCCUACUAGAACACGCUGUCAGGCGCAAUGCAUCACCCACAGACAUCUCUGCUGCUCAGAGGUGGUGUCACCAAGACCUCUGCCCCAUAGCCAGAGAAGAACAAGCUGACUCUUACAGUAACGGAGCAGUUUCCCUGGAUUCUUCUUUGGUUUAUGAUGGACAUCCAGUUCUGGGAGGAAAACUGUAACAAGCAACCAAGAAAGCAAAAGAGGUGCUAUUCACUAUGCCGGAAUAACUAAGUCAGUGAAGCAGAAGCAAUGCUUAGUGUACUGUAUAAUAACGGUCCUGCUUAACGUGAAAGGAAGUAAUAAAGUUUCUUCCGCACUUCAAA